CUGUGAUUUGUCUUUUACUCUGUGAUAACAAACAAAAUGGUGGGCGAUGGCUUAAACAGCCCUCGAGUGCAGGGCGGCAAGCAGUCAGACUCUGAUGGCCCCUAUCCAGAUAAGUAUAUGAUGCGUAAUACGCGAGUUUUGAGCCUGUGCAAGGCGCAGCUGAAGGAGCUGUCCGAGGAGAUCGUGCAGACGGCCUGCGAGGAGCUGGUGAACAUUGUGAACCUUGAGGAUAAUCUGCUCACCGAUGUGCCAGAGGAGCUGAGGCGGAUGAGCGACCUGCUCACCGACCUGGGCUUGGCCAAGAAUCAGCUGUGCUAUAUACCGACGUUCAUAUCGCAGUUCUCGCGUCUGCUGGGCUUGAAUCUCUCAUGCAAUCUGCUGCGCGACUUGCCCAUGGAGUUUGCUGGGCUGCAGUCGCUACGCGAGCUGAACAUUUCGCACAACCGCCUGGACCACUUGCCCCGCUGCAUUUACGAGCUGGAUGCCCUCGAAACGCUCACAGCCAAUGACAAUCAGAUCAAAGAGGUAGACGCCACAGAGAACGGGCUCGGCGCCUUGCGCUAUCUCAGUACGCUCGACUUAAGUAACAAUGAUAUACAGCUGGUGCCGCCGGUGCUGGGCAAUCUGACCAACAUAACCGACCUAAAGCUAUCCGGCAAUCCGUUCCGCCAGCCACGCCACCAAGUCCUAGCCAUGGGCACUGCAGCCGUCAUGAAUUAUCUACGUGGACGCAUUCCACUCUAGCAACAGAAAUAGAAAUGAUAUUUAAUAACUA